GGUUUCCUCUUGGCCUUGAUUGUUAGCUUGUCAUUUUGGUGAGGGUCGAAAGCGCACGGGCUGGAUAGCUGGGCUUCGUAGACGGGAUGGGCGAUUGGGCUACGUGACGAUGAUACCCCUUUCAGUUCUUGUUUUUUGGGGUCUACUCAUGACGGCGACGGAAUUCCGCGGCGUAAAGCAUGAUUUGGCGUUGUGGUAUUGUUUUACAGUGUGUUCUCUUCUAGAUAAACUUUGCAUCUUCGAUUGUAGGGGCAAGGGGGUGGAGGGGAUGUGGGAUGAAAUGAUUCUCAUGAUCUAUCGCGGAGAGCCAGUGCUGCGUGUUGUGUUUUGAGAAUCGAAACAUGAUUCUUCACCUCUCUAGCUCAUUUAUCCUCUCACGCGUCGCUCACGCCACGUUGUUCUCAUCAUAAUGUCACCGCUGUCUAAA